AGUUGUUGCCUAGCUUCAUAUAAUUGUUUACUUAAACGAUUCCAUUUUGUAACAAAACUAUUUCAAUUCCCAUAUAAUAUGGCAGCGUCAGGAGACAAAGUGAAACUCUUAGGACGAAGUUGGGGAUGUCCCUACGUGAUUAGAGCAAGAAUUGCUUUGGAACUCAAGGGGGUGAGCUACGACUAUGUGGUGGAACAACUUGGGGAAAAGAAGAGUGAGCUCCUGCUCAAAUCAAACCCCGUUUACAAGAAGGUCCCAGUUUUGAUCCACAAUGAUCGGCCCAUUUGCGAGUCCGCGAUCAUCGUCCAAUACAUCGACGAAGUUUGGGCCGGAACCGGGGCCUCGAUACUUCCCUCGGAUCCAUAUGAACGUGCCAACGCGCGCUUUUGGACCGGGUAUAUUGACGACACGUGGUUUCCUGCUUUACUCAAAAUUAUUAAAGUAAAGACAGAAAAAGAGAAAGCAGAAGCAUUAGAGCAAUCGUUCGUAGGACUCAGUUUAUUAGAAGAGACUUAUAAGAAAAGCUUUGAAGGGAAGGCCUUUUUUGGUGGAGACAAUGUGGGCUAUCUCGACAUCAUUUUCGGAAGCUUUCUGGGCUGGGUGAAGGCGAUAGAGAAGAUAUCAGAUAUCAAACUCAUCGACGAGGCAAAGUUCCCUCUCUUAGCGAAAUGGGCAGAGCGUUUUGCCUCCGUCGCGACCGUGAAGGAGCAUGUCCCGAAAACUGACGAGUUAGUAGAAUUUUUUUCGAAGGUGCUCAAAGAUUUAUGGAAUGCUAGUGCCCCAAACAACUAAUUUAGUAUUCAAAUACUAUAGCAAGAAAGUUUGUCGCAAAUAAAAGGAAGUGUGCUUAAUAAAAUGAAUAGAUGAGUUUAAUGAUCAUCUUCAGAGUAGUGAAGGAUCAAAAUCUGUAGUGCCCUUGUGUAGCAUGCAUUUGUGUGUUGCUUUGUAGUUUCUUUCAUUAUAUAUAAAGACUCUGGAACAUUUCGAAAGGAAAA